AUUCGGCGGAAACCGACGGUUGUCCUCAGUAGAGUUCCAUUUAUUAUACCUGGGCCACGCCUAGUCACGCGACCUUUUUCUUUAGGACCCUUGAAACAACAACAACAUAUUUUCAUAGUCGUUCUUGAUAUACAUUUUACUUCAGUAUGGAUUCCAGCAUUUCAACACCACCCAUUAUUCCGGAGUAUAGGAGCAGUCAAGACACGUUAGCGAAACGCGCCCACUACAGUCCACCAUGGGCGGAUGUCAGCAUAAUUGGCGUUGCCGGUAGCUCUGGGUCUGGGAAGACUACGUUGUCUCAUGCCAUCAUCCGGGAGCUAAAUCUGCCGUGGGUGGUGAUCAUGUCAAUGGAUUCUUUCUAUAAACCUCUAGACGAAGAGUCUCAUAAGCUCGCUUUCCGAAACGAGUAUGAUUUUGACUCUCCCGAGGCAAUUGAUUUCGACGAGCUGUUUAGCUGCUUGAAAGACCUCAAAGCAGGAAAGCGGGCGGAAAUCCCCGUGUAUUCUUUCGAGAAGCAUCAGCGUCUUGACAAAACCGUUCCCAUAUACUCUCCUCACGUUCUUAUUCUCGAAGGCAUAUUUGCGUUGCAUGAUCCUAGAGUACGAGGUUUGCUGGACAUGGGUAUAUACUGUGAAGCUGAUGCAGACACGUGUCUCUCGAGGCGAAUAAUACGUGAUGUCAGAGAUCGUGGUCGGGAUGUCGAAGGCUGCAUCAAGCAAUGGUUCGCAUUCGUAAAGCCGAAUUUUGAAAAAUAUGUGCAACCCCAAAGAAUAGUCGCAGAUAUUAUUGUGCCUCGUGGUGUAGAGAAUAGGGUAGCUAUGAGUAUGGUAACCCAAUAUAUUGAGCGAAGGUUGCUUGAAAAGUCGACACACCAUCGAGCAGCUCUCAAGAGCCUGGAGAACGGUUUUGAUUGCGAGCCGCUGUCCGAAAGGGUCAUGGUGCUGAAGUCGACUACGCAAAUUCAAGGAAUGAGUACGAUCUUGCAGGACAUUGACACUUCCAGCGAGGACUUUAUAUUCUACUUCGACAGGCUAUCUUGCCUACUGAUUGAGCAGGCUCUGAACAAUUCUCGUUUUAAGGAGAAGACCGUGGUAACGCCUCAAGGGCACGAAUACCGUGGGCUGGCUGCUAACGGCGAAGUCAGCGCUGUGCUUGUACUUCGCGGUGGUGCCGCAUUCGAGACUGGCCUACGUCGUGUUAUUCCAGACUGUCGGACAGGGCGCCUCCUUAUUCAGUCGAAUGUUCGCACCGGCGAGCCUGAGCUUCACUACCUGAAGCUGCCGUCGGACAUUGCCCAACACGAUAGUGUUUUACUACUCGAUGCACAGAUGUCUAGUGGAGGAUCUGCGCUCAUGGCUGUUCAGGUACUGGUAGAUCACGGAGUGCCUCAGGAACGCAUCGUGUUCGCGACAUACUCAGCAGGUCGCGUUGGUGUGCAUCGGUUGACCAAGGUCUUCCCUGAGAUUACGGUUGUGGUCGGAAGCCUUCUAUCAGACAUUGAAGAACGAUGGAUUGAGCAGAGGUAUUUUCGGUGCUGAUUGUGGCCAGAGUCAGCAUUGUCCGGUCUAGCUUGGAGCCCAGAGACCCCUGAGGUAACCCUAGAAUACAUAGCGAAGUCGAAUAUAUACGAACCAUCAAGCGAAAUGUAUACCCUGAGCUUAUAAUGUUAGACCACUCGAGCGUCUAUCAGGACGUUGUCACAACACCAGAGGAAACUUUGAUCCGUCUGAUAAUAGUUCAUGCUCCGGGC